GAGCCCACAUAAAUGCACUAUUUGACUUUCUCCACUCAGACGGCGCACAUAAACAAACUCGCGUUACAACUCCACAUUUUGCAAAGCACCCAUCACCACUGACACGCUGAGUUUACGGACCGGACGCAGAGACUCCUUGUACUCGGGAGAUUUUGUUUUUGUUUUUUUUUUUUUAAUUUUUUACUCUUUGUAUAUCAUUUUUGUCUUACUUUAUGUACUUUAGAAAAGUAAGAAGAAAUCAAGAAACUUUUGCCGCUGAUGAACCUCCCGCGUCUCCAACAUUACUAAGAGUUAUAUUUUUGUUUUUGUCAAAUUACUGCGAUCCUUUGUGACUAUUCUGGAUGGAAAUAGGAUACUUCAUGCGAGGUUAUAAUCAUAUGUAAAGACGGAACCGCUACAGCAAACCAACACAGGUUCGGAAGAGCGCGCCCAGCCGAGCACGGAGCCCCGGCGAUCAUACAUAUCCUCAGCGUCGCCCGCCGAAUCCUCCCCGCUCCAGGAGCCCUGCACCGGCCGCAGCCACGCCACCCCUCAAUCCCGGACACCCAGCACCAUUCAGCGCGAGGCUCUUUCACCAGAUCUAUGGCAUUCUGACAAUGAACAAGCGCACUCAGUUAUUGGAACAGCUGCAGUUUGUCCAGUUGAAAUGCACACCUCGAGACAUGCCCUGUGUGCAGGCUCAGUAUGGGCCCGCCCCUCCAGGCUCAGCCUACUCUGGUCAGUCCUUCAGUUACCAGGGCGACAGCUACAGCUCUGACGUUAUGACCCCUGACUACACCAAGCUGGACCUGGGUGGAGGUGAGAUCUCUGCCGCUGCCGCCACUACUUCCCUGCCCAGCUUCAAUGUGUUUGUGGAAGGGAGCUACGAGCUGCCCAAGUCCUCCUGCCUCUACCAGAUGCCCACACACAGGCCCACCAUCAAAAAAGAGGAGGAGAGCUACCCGACUGCUCCGCCAUUGGAGGCCAUGUCUUCCUCUGCUAUGUACUUUAAACAAUCACCACCUUCUACCCCCACCACGCCCUCUAUGCCACCCCAGCCUGGCACCUCCUUCCUGUGGGAGGAGCACUCCCUGGCCCCUCCGUCACACCCUCACUCUCUGGGUUCCAGCCUGGAGACAGGCCCCCUGAAGUCGCCCCGCUUUACGCACUUUUACCAGCACUCACCACCCCACAGUGGCAGCAGUGUCGGUGGCUAUGAGAGUCUGGGGGGAGGACUGGUUCGCACCUCCUCCUCUUCUUCCUCCUCCUCAUCUUCCGUCUCCCAUCCUCAUGGUCCGCCCCUGGAGCAGCCCAUGUACCAGCUGCACCGUGGGGCUGGGGGCAGCAGCCUUGCCUUUCGCUCCCUAGCUCUUGGGCCCUGUGGCCCCAUACUGGGAGACAGCCUGCCCUCACCUCCCCCUCGUGGCCCCCAUGGAGAGGGCACCUGUGCAGUGUGUGGAGACAACGCAGCCUGCCAGCACUAUGGUGUACGCACUUGUGAAGGCUGCAAAGGCUUCUUCAAGCGAACGGUGCAGAAAAAUGCCAAGUAUGUGUGCCUGGCCAGUAAAAACUGUCCUGUGGACAAAAGGAGACGCAACCGCUGUCAGUACUGCCGCUUCCAGAAAUGUCUGAGUGUGGGGAUGGUAAAAGAAGUGGUGCGCACUGAUAGCUUGAAGGGGCGCCGAGGCCGUCUGCCCUCCAAACCAAAGAGCCCUCUGCAGACAGAAGCAUCUCCUCCAUCUCCACCUCUCAGCCUGCUCUCUGCUCUGCUCAGGGCUUAUUCCCACUGCACGCCCCGUGACCUCGACUACAGCCAGUUCAGCGCAGCCGAUCCUCCCUCCUCUUCCUCAGAUGCUGAGCACAUCCAGCUCUUCUACAGGCUGCUCACCAUCUCGAUGGAGACCACGCGGUGCUGGGCCGACCGGUUGCCAGGGUUCUCUGAGCUUCAGCGUGAAGAUCAGAACCUGCUGAUAGACUCCGCCUUCCUGGAGCUGUUUGUCCUGCGAUUGGCUCACAGGUCAGUGCUGUCAGAGGAUAAACUCGUGUUUUGUAACGGCUUGGUGCUGCACAGGUUCCAGUGCCUUCGCGGUUUUGGAGAGUGGUUGGACUCUAUCCGGGACUUCUCCACCCACCUCCAGAACCUGAACCUGGACGCCUCUGCCUUUGCCUGCUUGGCAGCGCUUGUGUUGCUCACAGAGCAAGUCCCAGGUCUGAAGGACACAAAGCGGGUUGAGGAGCUGCAGAAUAAAGUGGUUUGUUGCCUCAGUGACCACCUGGGAUGUGGCCCAUCCUCCUCCUCGUCCAAGGCCGCGCCCCCUCUGAGUCGUGUUCUCAGUUUAAGGGCAGAGCUCCGUUCCCAGAGGACCCAGGGUCUUCAACGGAUCUUCUACCUGAAGUUGGAGGAUCUGGUACCGCCCCCACCGUUGAUUGACAGGUUCCUGGACACUCUGCCUUACUGACGGCCCGGGCUGACCACAAUGUGACAAAAUAACAUCAUGUCCUGUUCAGGCCUUUCCCCCCAAAGGAGCACGCACAUAUCCACAAAGAGACUCACUCACCUCUGAAUGACACAGAGCAGAGAGAGCCAAUCAAAUGCUUCACUUGACAGGACAACCAAUCAACAACACUUUUCUCUCAAAAGGACAACCAUCUAAAUGCUUUUCACCAGUAUAUAAAAGAACUUGAAUGCUUUAUUACUUUUUAUCUGAUCCUGUGUUUCCCAUGUGGGGGAAGAUGGUGAGGCUGAGAUGGACAACAGAAAAAUGACUCUUAUAUUGUCCUCUCUCUGUCUGGGUGGCAGCUCAUCUGGCAAGAACCCCAAGGUUUAUGAGUACUGUUUAUCUGUGUUUUAGCCUGGCUCAUCCAUCCUGAGGACUUCUUUAAGGUUAGAGGGAAGGAUCAGUGUGAACAGAUGUUUUAAAACCAGAGUGAAACACGUGUCGAUGUGUAUUCUAGUUCCUCCUGCUGAAAGGAGGAAGGGAGUGUUUUCAUGCUGAACUGAACUGAAAUGUCAGAGGUCAGACAGCAUGCACGUGAAUAGACGUGUAGAAACAUCACAAGGCAGGACACAGAUAUUUUACAAACGUGGAAACGGCUGUUGAGUUAGGCUCUUGAUUCAAGUGCAAUUUCUUAAGUGCUAUCUCAUCACAAAAAGAAGAGACGGAGAAGGAGCAGUUUUAUUUCAAACUCUAAAUUAUUUUAAUACAAAGACAUGUCCUGUACUGUCAGUAGCUAAAAGAGAGUAAAAGACAGUCUCCACCUGGUUUUAGAAAGCAGAGGAGAUACUGUGCACUAACAAUUGAUGACUGAGUCACUCAGACUUGAACUUGCUCUAGUACUUUUUUUUUAUUAACUCAUUGAAAUUAUAGGUCGAGUAGAAGUAUGGAGGAAUGAACAUUGACAGAAUUUGGCUUUUGCAGCACUUACACCCCGAGAAGGGCUAGAAGCACAGACACACACCCUUCCUGCUCCCCUGGAGAGCAGCUGGACAUUAGGGAGAGGAGGGUGUUCGACAGAUAGCUGUAAAGCCAGGGGUGAAACAUUCCGCAGUCAUGCUCUUUUUUUCUAUUUGUUUCUAUCGUGGAGGUUGUAUGAGAGUAUGGAGGACAUACUGUUUUUGUGUGUACGCUUAGAGAAGCCGGAUCAUAUGCAUGGUGUGUUAUAAGCUGUCAAGAGCUGCUACGUCAAAAACAGCUCGGCCUGUGUUUGUGUCUCAGACUGCGGCUCUAUGGGGAUCUCCCUAAGCCUCCACCACCCACUUACACACUCACAGCAGCAGUUUGAAAUACGAAAAAAAGCAAAUUAUAUAGAUAUAAAUAUAAAUAUAUAUAUACAAAACUAAUAUUUUGAAGUGUUUUUAGCUUUUUCAAAUAUUGUGGUACAAGUUGUGCAUUGUUUUUUGAAGAAGAGACACAAAAAAGAUAAAAAAAAAAAAAAAAAGUUGCUGUUUUUUCAAUGUCCCUCUGGUUUGAGUUUCCUGUUCAAUUAUUUUUUUUUUCUUUCUCUUUGGUUCACUGGAUUUUCUGUUCAGCACUUUGAAAUCAUAAACUAGUUCUGAUUAUUCUGCACAACUGCGUCUUGUGUUUUGAUUUUUUUUUAAAUUAAUAAAAAUACUGCCAAAAAUAUUUACAAUGAACAAAAUCUAAACAAACUUGAGCUGAUGUUACACACAUUUAUGCACACUAUGUAUAGGUUUUAGGGCUGAAACUAAAUUAUUUUCACUGCCAAUUAACAUGUUGAUUAGUUUAUAAAGUAAUUCAUUAAUUGAUUGAUCUGUACAGUGUCAAAAAAUGAUGAAAUUCAUCAAUCAGCACUCAAAAGGGAAGCAUAGAAAAACAAAGCAUGCAAAUUUAAGUGGCUAUCAAAAGAGCUGUUGAUUCAUUUGAUAGUCGACAACUAAUUGAUUAAUCGUUGCAUCUCUAAUAUGUUUUUUGUGUCACAUAAGCCUCUUGACAGGUAAAAAGCCUUCCCAUUCUCCCAAGGGAUCUUAGGGCUCUCAGAGAUAGUUGAGGGGAGAUUAGGAGAGUGAAGGGAGGGGAGGAAGAAGGAGGUGUGGAGAGCUUCAUGUUAGCAUGAGGUCCAGAUCAGCCUCCAGCCUCGUUAAACACCAUCGAUCGCUACGGUGACAUUUCACAGCACAUGCCGUCUAUACUGUCACUACCAUCACUCACUUGCCCAACUGCGCAACAGCGUGAGCAAGAACACACACACAGAUGCUCUCAGACAAGCAGGUGAUUGAUAGUAACUGUGGUGGUGAAAUUGUGAAUAGCUCUAGAAGUGUGUGAGUGAGUAGAAAGAAGUAAAAGAAAGAUUCAAAGUAAAGUUCAGUGUGAGUGCACCAUGUUGUAAACUCUCCAAACAAAUCUAUGCCAAAAACAUGUUAAUGGUUCAUAUUAACAGCAAAUUUAAGCAACAUUAACAACCUUUUUUUGUUUUUAUUUUUAAAUAAAGUUUAACCAGUGUAGGUGUGUGUUUCAAUA